AUGGACGGCGGCGACCCCCGCCCCAAUGCAGCUGAGAGACCACCUCGUCGGUUUCUCCCGCUGGACAACUGGUCCAGGAGGGCUGGCGGUCCUGGCGGCCUUGCUGAACGAGCGUUCAGAAGAGCGGAACCGGGGCUAACCCUGCCGUCGGAAACCCGGGAACGCAAAGGCUUCCGUUCGUCGACCGUGGCGCAGGGCCACCUGAGCUUUACGCAGGCAGACGACAACGCCUGCCGUACGACCCUGCUGUCCGAAUGCAGUGCCGCGACGUCUCCGACACAGCGACACCUGCUUCUACAUGAACUGUACAAUCUGGCGGAGCUGAACUUCAAUGACGUUGUGUUCUACCGUUCCAUGUACAUCAACCACAGACCCUCGAAAAUAAUGGUCCACUGCAGUCCGUGUGGAUUCACCGGGCCCUACACUCGCUUCAUAGACGGCAUUCCAUUUACAUUUGUACCGACAGUAUUCCCCACAGAGGUCUUCGGCACGCCUUUUAAGCCGCAGUGGCCUGAGCACUCCACGGACAUUGUACGUCUUCGCGUGCUGCUGCGUUACGGGGGCAUCUACCUCGACGCGGACGUCUUCGUGGUGCAGUCCCUCCGGCGGUUCCUGCGUUACGAGGCAACUGUUGCUUGUGUUGAUGGUGGCUUUUUUGGCAACAUGAUAAUGAUCUCUCACAAGAACUCUCGCGUCAUCCGCCUGUUCAUGGACACUUACCGUGAGUGA